AUGUAUCGGAAGUUGUCUAAGUUAGAACACUCGGAAAUAAAACAACUUCUUACAGAAGCUAACAUAGAAGUAGCAAAGCAUUACGCAACAAACAAAAAAGCACUCGCUGACAUCCUCAAUGACUACAAUGGUGAAAUAACUUAUGAUAGAAUUCAUGAGUUCAUAAAGCCGCAACGCGGCGAGGACGAAGUCCAUGCAAGAGCAUUUCCUUUAAAUGACGUUGCUAUUGACUUAUAUCAUAGACGUUCAGUACCUCAUGAAGUAAGAAGAGAAAUGUUUGACAUAACAAAUGCGAACGUUGGUCAUACUCGUAAAGCUCUUUCGCAUGAUGUUCGUCAAGAGAUGUUUGACAUAACAAAUGCAAACGUUGGUGAAACACGAAAGAGAGACGACACACUGAAACAACAGAGAAGAGAGAUGUUUAAGAGCGCUAUAGAACA